AUGUUUGUUGGCGAAUUAGUGUCGGACGACUUGUUUUCAGAUUUCGUGCCUCAGAAUCAGCCGUACAUAUUGCUCACAUUACUCACGCUGUUGAUUGGUUUGAUAUUAACCACAACGUGUAUCGAUGUCGUUGGCGCUUACUAUAUCGAUCGGCUGCACUUUUUUGGUCGUGAUCUAGAUACCGAGGUUCAGGCUUUGUAA